UACGGCGAGACGGCUACCGCGAAAGUUUUCCACCACUAUUUAUAUCGCAUCGUCUCCUUCUACUCCUCCUCAAUUUCCCCCAAUUGUCUCUUCCUAAACCCCCCUUUCUCUCUCCUCCGCCAUAGCUAGGGUUUUUCCGACUCUUUCACCUCCUUCAAUGGACGCUUCAAAGAAACGCAAAGCCGACGAGAACGGCAAUUCCUUCCUUUCCGACGGAACCCUAACAUCACCUUCAGAUUUAUCGCCACCGGCUCAAGCCCAAACCCUAACUCCCGACGACGCUCGCAAACUCAUCGAACCUUUCACAAUCGACCAACUCCGCACUCUCCUCCAAGACGCCGUAGUUCGCCACCCUGAAGUCCUCGUUUCAACGCGUGCUCUCGCCGAUUCCGACGUUUCUCGGCGAAAACUAUUUGUUCGAGGUCUUGGGCCUACCACUACGGAUUCUCUUAAAUCGUUGUUUACAUCUUACGGAGAACUCGAUGAAGCUGUUGUGAUCUCUGAUAAAACUACCGGGAAGUCGAAAGGGUAUGGUUUCGUGACCUUUAAGCAUGUGGAUGGUGCGCUUUUAGCUCUGCGUCAGCCGAGUAAAAAGAUUGAUGGCCGGAUGACGGUGACGCAUUUAGCUUCCGCGGGCCGAGGGCCGAACAGUGAGGAUCAAGCGACGAGGAAGAUUUAUGUGGGGAAUGUACCGUAUGAGAUUUCUGCGGAGAGGUUGCUUGAUUACUUUGCUGCGUUUGGGGAGGUUGAAGAAGGUCCUUUAGGGUUUGAUAAGCAAGGUGGGAAAGCGAGAGGGUUUGCUUUUUUCGUGUACAAGACCGAGGAAGGUGCGAGGAUGUCGCUGAUGGAACCGAUGAAGAUGAUUGAUGGGCAUCAAGUCAUGUGUAAGUUGGCUGAAGAUGGUAAGAAAGGGAAAAUGGGUGGGCCAAACCCUGUCAUGCCUGGGGAGAUGGGUGGUGACAGGAUGUCUGGUUCAAUGAAUCCACAGACUGGAAGCUAUGGGAAUUAUGGGCCUGGUUAUAAUUCUGGUCCAGGAAUGGGAAUGGGGGCGGCUCAGGGUGGUGGUGGUGGUCCAUAUGGGUUGCAUUCACAGUAUCCUGGUUCAGGGGAGUAUGCAUCGUAUCGGAUGCCUCCACCACAAAGUUCUAUGGGAAUGCCACCCCCUUAUCAAGAAGGUAGUGGUUAUGGUCCUCCGUCGUCUGGUGGUGGCGGUGGUGGUUAUGGUCCUCCUUCGUCUGGUGGUGGUGGUGGGUAUAUGGGCCAGAACCAACCUCCUUCACAGGGUCCUCCUCAAGGCCCCCCUGGUGGGAUGUAUCAGAGAAUGCCACCAUCUUAUUACUGAGGUGAUGAAUCUUUGCGCAAUGGGUGUUUUUCUUAGGUUCCUGCUCAAUCUCUUUUAACCGUGCUCUGUUUAUGUAUGAUUGGUGUACCCCUUGUUUUUUUUAAAGGAAAGGGGGGUAAACAUUUUACAAUUUGCAAUAUGUCAGCUACCUGCAAUUGUUCAGGUCUAUUUUUCCCCUCACUUUUUCCAUCUACAAGCUGCAAUUCAAAUACUGAUACAUGCAUUUUAUAACUAUGUAUUCAUUCCACUUGGAUGUGGAAAAUAUAACUUGUGUUUGUGAACUUCAAAGCAUUACCACACCAACUUCGUAAUGUAAUAGUAUUGGGCUACAUAUUCUUAUACCAUGCGAUUAUUUUAGACGCAUUGAUAGAUUAAGAAUUCUCAGUGUUCACAGUAUGCACAUAUUACAGAUGCCAUUUGGUAGGAUUAUAUAUCAGCAAUCUGUGAGGGAGACAUGGAGUUGCUGGAAUGUUUUUUUCCUACACCACUUUGUAUCAUAGAAUUGUUGGUCAGUUAUCUGUUGAUGAAAACUACACUGUAUAAUGCCUUUCCCGUGCAUAAAGAACAUUGUUUCUGUGAUUACUAUUCCCUUCGCCCCUAAAAUACUGCCUGUAUACCGCAAAUGGAUGUCUCUAUUUGUUUUUCCUAUACCUUAUUUGGUUUGCGUUCCUCACAUGUCUUCGUUCACGCACUAUUACUGUAUUUAAUGUAGGUAAUAGACAAAUCUAUCUACCCACUUGCUUUUGAGUUUGCCCGAGUCCCAACAAGUGAAUAAAAGCAAUUAAGCAAUUUUUUGAAGGGACAGAGGGGGUAUUAUGUUUGUUUGAGUUUCUAUCAAGAUAUGGACACAAAGAAGAGUGUUUCAUCUAGGUGAAUAUGGUGUGUUGUGGCUUAAUGUGGCAUAACAUCUUGUAGUUGAACAACAGAAGUAGUAAAUCUCAAUUGCAGUAUAUAAUGCUAUGUCUACUUGUCUAGAGUGUGCAUGGUAGGACAAAAAUGGAGUGAGAUAAAGUUUUGAGCAAGUAGCCAACUAGGCGACUAGAACCUUCUAAUUUGCCUCUCCAUAAGAGGUUUUCAUUUGUGUGUAUUUUUGUGGUUUCCCCCCUCGAUUCCUCCCCUUUCUACUCAUUUUUGUAAGGAUUGGGAAUUUGGAAGUUUGUUAAUGGAUAUUGAAAAUAUUUAUUUUUGUGACCUUAAUUUUUGAUUUUCUAUCUAAUUGUUUUGAAACUAGUAUCUCUUGACAAUGAUAAGAUGAAAAUUUGAGCAAGUAGCCAACUAGGCAGCUAGAACUUUCUAAUUUGCCUCCCCAGAAGAGGUUUUCUUUUGUGUGUAUUUUUGUGGUUUCUCCCCUCGAUCCCCCCCCUUUCUACUCAUUUUUGUAAGGGUUGGGUAUUUGGUGUGAUGGAAUUAGGAAGUUUGUGGAUGGACAUUGAAAAUAUUUACUUUUGUGACCUUAAUUUUUGAUUUCCUAUCCAAUUGAUUGUAACCAGUACCUUUUGACAUUGAUAAGAUGAAAUUGCUUGUAUCUAAAACACAUUAGGCACUUGCUAAAUGGUAUGGCUGUAUUUGAUGGUUUUAAGGUGAAGAAUUCUUGCAAGGUGAUGUGUUAGUUAGGGUGGUUAAUGGUUGUAGGGAUAAACUUUCAUAGGUUCAAAAUUUGCACCUUUUUAGUAUUUGCCUCUUUUAAGCAUUCAAGGCUACCAACCAAUGAUACAGAAUGUGUUCUAUCAAAGAAGUUUUAGUCUUGCAAGUAAAAAACUAACUUGUAACCUCUUUUUCAUAUGCCCUUUGGUGUCUUUUUAGUAUCCUUGCUUUUAUUUUACAGAUUUAGUAACUUAAAAUCAUUCCAUGCAUCUUCUGAAGAACCGUCUUCAACCAUGUUGGACAAGUUUUACUUGUAACGUUUUCAUUCUUAUCAUCCACCAUCGUUCUUGCUCAAGAACUCGAUCAUAUGUUUCGGACAAGUUUUUGUUACAAGUACAAUUCUUUUUUUUGACGGGUAUUGUUACGUGUAGCUCAGUUGGUUUGUUUUAUAUAGCUAAGCUGUGUUUUUUUUUUUUUUCCUUUGGAAGUCUGAUUUCAUUAUU